AUGUAAAUCGACUUGGAAAAGGUGGAGAGCGAACUGGCUCAGGUGGAAGAGGAGGCAGAAGAGGACAUUGCUUGUCCAAAGACUCUUGAGAUCGGUCAGGAGGGUGGCGGAUUGUCGUCAGCCUCUGCCAAUGGUAGUGCCUCAUCUACAAACCUCACAGGACAAAAGUCUGGGGACAAGUUCUCCCCCGAACCACGUGAAGAAGAAGGACCGCCAAGUGCUAAGAUGAUGAUGGACACCUUCCUUACCCAACUUCCAAAGUGUGUCAACCGGGACCUCAUUGAUAGGGCGGCGUAUGAUUUUUGCGUAAAUCUAAACAAGAAGCCGAACCGUCGGCGUCUGGCCAACGCACUAGCCUCGGUGCCCCGCACACGCUACGACCUCCUGCCUUUCUAUGCACGUUUUGUGGCCACUCUCAAUCCGGUGAUGCCUGAUCUCAGUCAGGAUCUCAAUAACGCUCUGCUCCAGGAGUUUCGUUGGCACCUGCAUAAAAAGGAUCAAGUCAAUCUAGAGUCAAAACUCAAGACCGUUCGAUUCAUUGGUACGUGCUUAGCUUCAAAAGUUGGGGUUAUUUAA